AUGCCGUAUAAGGCCAUUCCGAGGAUUAUUACUGAAGCUAUUGCAAAACGAGUUGCACAGACUUCCAACUUUUAUCCCGCCAAAGGGGGUAUUUCGGCUUAUUACAGUCCUCAUAUGAUUUUGUUGCGACGCCAAGUUGAUUACUCAAAGGAAUUUGUUGCUGAACUUGGGUCGUAUGUCCAUGGUUAUGGACAUGAUACUCGCAGUGAUCAUCGGUCACGCACUAUUGAAGCGAUUUACUUGGGACCAGCUGAUAAUAUGCAAACAGGUCACAAGCUAUAUGAUUUGAACACGAAAAGAGAGGUAACUAGACCUCGAAUUACGGUGCUCCCAAUCACUGAUCAAGUGAUCAAAUUGGUUGAAGCCCAUGCUGCUGAGGAAGGCGUUACAGAUUUACGAACCUAUUCCAGACGCAAUGGAGAAAUAAUUUUGGAUGCUGAUCUGCUCGCAGGAGUGGACCCAGAUGAACUGUGGGACGAAGAUUAUGUACCUGCAGAUAUUGUGAUUCCACCGGUCAAUGACAUGAAUUUACGCAAGAAUGAUGCAAUCACAGAUGAAGAACUCGAAGAACUAAUCGAGGAUGCAGCCGAAGAUAUACUGGAAUCUAGAAGAAUUGAUGAUAAGAGACAACAUGAAUAUGAUGAGGCAGAUAGAACUGUCGACCGCAUGCUGCAAAGAAUUAAGAGACGUCAAGAAGAAGACGAUGAAGACGAUAUGGAUUUCGUGCAGGAUCAGCAACCUGAAAGCGAUAUUGAAAUGGAUAUCGAUGAUGAAGAAUUAAAAGAUAUGAUUGAUGAAGUAGCCCAUGAGUUGGAUAGAUUGAGCCAACCCAUUGAAGAAGAAAUAAUGUUCAGCGUUGAAGAUGAGGACGAUGACUAUGAGGGUGAAUUUGAUGCGGAAGAAAUACAAGAACUGCAAGAAGCAGAAGACGGACCGCAAGUAUAUCCUGACGAAGAAGAUGAUGUUCGUGCAGGAGUGAGGUUUGAAGAAGUCCCCGUGUUGAAUACAACAGAUGAUUCAAAUAAAGACAAGAAAAGGAAAACACGAAGUGGACGAUCAUUUUAUUCAAACGGAGUCAAGUAUCGACCCACAGAUAGGAAUCGAACUGACAGACCAAGACAUGGACAAACGUACUUACAACGAAAGAAGCCCAGGAUCAAUUUGUUAAAGAACAGGAGUGCCACGAGAAAGAAGGCACGGUUGAAGAGAUUACGUAUCUCAUUAUACCAGGCUAUUGCGUCAAAGGUAAAAUCACGAAAGAAAGGAGAGUUUUGGGAUGACAACGUGUUGAGCGCUGAAGCAAGAAGAAAGAUUACUGAACGGGCGCAUAACUUAAUGCACCAUCAGGUAACUGCCGCCGUUUUUCCCACAGAAAAACGUCCUCUGCUUCCCUCAGAAGCAAUUUCACAAGUCUCUGCCAAUUCAUUGGCAUUUUGGCCCAUUGCAACACCCACCCUUGCGAUCUGGCCCAGUCCUUUCCGACACCUACAGUUGAAGACCAGAGUUUUAGCAGGCAGCGGCACAUAG